UUAGUUCUCACUUCUUCCCACAGCUCAAUCACUCAGUUAAUUCUCCCCUUUUCUCUCUCUGUUUGUCUUCCUUGAUUUGAACAUUUCCAAACUCCUAGUUUGGCAUCAUGGGUGUUGUCACUUAUGAAAUGGAGGUUGCUACCUCAAUCCCCCCAGCCAAGAUGUUCAAGGCCUUUGUUCUUGAUGCUGACAAUCUUAUCCCCAAGGUUGUGCCACAGGCAAUCAAGAGCUCUGAGCUCCUUGAAGGAGAUGGUGGGCCUGGAAGUAUCAAGAAGAUUACUUUUGGUGAAGGAAGCCAAUUCAAGUAUGUGAAGCACAAGGUUGAAGGAAUAGACAAAGAGAAUUUCUCAUACAGUUACAGUGUGAUCGAAGGUGAUGCUUUGAUGAAUACACUUGAGAAGAUCAGUUACGAGACCAAAUUUGUUGCAGGCCCAGAUGGAGGCUCAGUUUGCAAGAGCACCAGCAAGUAUUAUACCAUUGGUGACAUUGAAAUCAAGGAAGAGCAAAUUAAGGCAGGGAAAGAAAGGGCCUUGGGAAUGUACAAGGCUGUUGAAGCUUAUCUCUUGGCAAAUCCUGAUGCCUACAACUAGGUUGCCUUUCAGCUCCAGCUUGCUGUUCUUCGUGUCAUCAGUUUUUUAAUGUUGUGAUUUUUCAUAUUCCCUUGAUUGGCUAAAUAAGGUUGGUCCCUGAGUGUGAUGAUCUGUAUUUCAUUAUAAUUAAAGAGGUUGAGUUGUAUCAUCUUUGAUAUAUGAAAUGACAAACAAGUCAAUGUUUUACUUGCAACAAAAUUUGGUUAA